AGGGAGUUCUGUCACAGGACGGAGGAGAGACGUGCCGGAAGUUCCGGUUGGGACUAGCUGCUGGCUGUAUCAGAAGCUGUGCGGGCCGGAGCUUUGCCUGAGGAGGGGGAAAGAGGCUGCGUGUGUCCCGCUGUGGCCCUAUGGCUGGAGGCCGGGGGACUGUAUAGGACAGGGAGGGGGUUACCAUAGCAACGCUGGGCUCCUCUAUAACGCCUCCUAUAGGGCCCCAGACAGCACUGUGCAGACCCUGAGGGGUCCCUUGUGAGCUGUGAAAUUGGGGGUGGCACCAAGCAUCCCGAGGUUUGGAGGGGUGACCCCCGGAGGCCCCGCGAUGAAAGGGAAGGAGGACAGUGGUAGCGGUGGAGGACGCCCGUCGGGUGUCGGCGGGGGUCAAGGCGGCAUUGACGGAAGCCCGGAGAAAAGCGCCAGCGCCCAGGAGAUGAAGGAGCAGGGCAACCGGCUGUUUGUCGCUCGCAAGUAUCAGGAAGCUGUUUCCUGUUACAGCAAAGCCAUCGCUGCAGGAGGGACACGACUUACAAGGGCCCAAUCAGACCUGUCUGAGACCCGCAACCCCUCCAUCGCUGUGUACUACACCAACCGCGCUCUGUGCUACCUGAAGAUGCAGCAGCUGGACAAGGCCCUGGCAGACUGCAAGCAUGCUCUGGAGCUGGACUGCCAAUCUGUGAAAGCUCACUUCUUCCUGGGGCAGUGCCAGAUGGAAAUGGAGAACUACGAUGAGGCCAUCGCCAAUCUGCAGAGAGCUUAUAACCUGGCCAAGGAGCAAAGGCUGAACUUUGGGGACGACAUCCCGAGUGCUCUAAGGAUUGCCAAGAAGAAGCGCUGGAACAACAUAGAGGAGCGAAGGAUCAACCAGGAGAACGAGCUGCAUGCCUAUCUCACCAAACUCAUCCUGGCUGAGAAGGAAAGGGAACUUGAAGAAACAAAACGGAAACAGGAGGAGAAUGUGGAGGAGAACAGGAGCCGGGUUCAGCUGUCUUGUGUGGCCAACAAACAUGAUAAGUAUUUGGCAGAGAUGGAUGAGCUAUUUUCUCAAGUAGAUGAAAAGCGCAAGAAGCGGGACAUCCCGGAUUACCUGUGUGGGAAGAUCAGCUUUGAGCUGAUGAGAGAGCCGUGUAUAACACCCAGUGGGAUCACCUACGACAGAAAGGACAUAGAGGAGCACUUGCAGAGAGUCGGCCAUUUUGACCCUGUGACCCGGAGCCCCCUGACCCAAGACCAGCUGAUCCCAAACCUAGCCAUGAAAGAGGUUAUCGAUGCCUUCAUAUCAGAGAACGGUUGGGUGGAAGACUACUGAAAUGGCGGAUGAUCUCAUCGGUCUGAACCUACAAUGUUUCAGCUCCAGGCUGCUCCCCUUGUCCCCCCCCCCCCCCCCCUCAUCCCGCCGCGUUUCAUAACGUGCCUGUUCUGCCUCCAUGCCUUACUCAUCUCAUCCACGUGUCCAGUGUCUCCUGCUACAUCCAUCCGCUAGAAAACCAGACAGGCCAAAAGUUUCCCUGUACGAGAGCUGCUAUUUUGUCUUGUCCAUCUGUACUUCUGGCCGGUUCGCAGGUCCGGUCCCACUACAGCAGUAUGUAUAUCGCCCCCUUCUGGUCUACGCAGAUGGAAUGAUAGAUUUGCAGUUCCUAGAGCUGAAACAGAAGCUUUGACCUUUUUAGAGAUCUCUGAAGAAGUCUGUAGCAUUAUCAGACUUGCUAAAACCUACAGUGCUGCUUGAAGAGCAUGGAGACUUGAAGCGCAGUCAUAUGAAUAAAGCUGCCAUUGAGUUCACUGCAUUGUGCAGGAAAAGUCCCCAUAGGUAUGAUAGCAGAAAAAGGAUUGUCAAUCCCCCUUCGAAAUGUAGAAAUAUGACUGACUCCAUGCCCUAUUUUAUUUUAUUGACUCAUUUUCAGUGUUAUGUGGCUCUGUCAUGUAGUUUUCCGCGUGGAGUACCGGUUAGCGGUGGCGCCGCAGCCCUAUUUACAAUCCGAGGACUCCGCUGUAGGAAAAUGCACAGACCCCCAUUCUCACCGACCUCAUAUUAACCUUCAGUAACCGUUUAACUACCAGAUUCGGCACUGACGUGGUGCAAAGGACAACCAAAACGUUCUACUUCUGGCUUGUGUUUUGAUUGGUUAACCCCUUGUUGUGACAUCCAGCGUGGCCGACGAGUUGCAUGAUUUUACGCCAAUAUUUUUUUUUCGUCUAACCAUUUUCUAACAGCCUUUCACAUUGUGCGGAACCCUCCUGGAGAAAGGCCAAAAAUGGCUGAGGACAAGCUACCGUUACCAGCCGUAACUUCAACUACUAACCCCCUAUUGAGCCCCCUACUGAUAAUCGUGCUGAAUAGAGUGGGCAUCCCAAAGAAUUGGAUAUUAUUAUGUUUCCCCCCCCCGUUGAACUUUUUUGCUUUCUUUGUGUAUAUAGCCGAUGUAAAUAUAUUCUGGCGUCUCCUGUGCGUGUGUGGCCACUGACUGACUCUCGUAGAAGACACUUGACGGUGUGGCACCUCUUCUGUGAAUGCACAGUGCGUACAUUAAAAAAAGAGUUAAUGCCGUU